UAUCUUGGUUUUCAGAUUUGUGCAUCAGGACAGGAGUCAUGCUGUUUCCUGGCAGGAAAGUGCUUCACCCUGGCUGAUGUGGCUGUUUUCCCAAGCAUCGCUUAUCUCUUCCGCUUUGGGUUAUCCGAAGAGCGUUAUCCUAAACUGGCAGCUUACUAUAACUGUCUGAAGGAGCGGCCCAGCAUCAAAGCCAGCUGGCCUCCUACCUGGCUCGAGACCCCUGGACAGGACCUACUGAAGGACCUCUAAGACUCCAGCACUAUCUGACACACUGGACCUGCUCCUGAUGUGUGAUCACUCCUUGCUUUGCACUACUUUAGCUGUGUGCAUUAUUUGAAAAAAAAAUAAUGUGCAUUUACUGUUACUGCCAUUAUUCUGGUAACAUAAUUAGUUUUCGAUUUCCACUACAAGUAAGACUUUAUAUGCUGUAACCAAAUACAAUAAAAACGAAGUUUCUGCUGGUGCUUUAUU